CCCAAUUUGUGAUUAUUCCCACUAGAAGUACGAGUACUUCUACUUGAUAAAGGAUUUUUCAUUUUUCCAGAAGAAAAGGCUUUGGUCACUUCUUUCUCGAAUAAAACAAAAGAUAGGAUACUCAAAAUGUGGGCUUCUUUCGUACUGGUAAUAUUCUCUAUAAUGACAAUGGUUGGCGAGGCCUUCCUCCCGCCAAACCCAAAGAAUUCCGCGAGAACACAGCACAAGAGUGUCSUGCAGCUGCAGAGUGAAAACAACGAAGAAACUAGUCGCCGUGAUUUUGUCAGCACGACCUUCGGUUUUGGUGUUUCCGCAGCAACUGGACUCGUGAUGGUAUCGGGCCAACCCGCGCUUGCUGCUGCAGCAAGUCAAGAGGAGAUGGACAAGGCUAAGGUGAUCAAAGGGUAUCAGAGACUGCAGUAUCUAUUGGAUAACUGGGAGAAAGAAACCACCGUUUGCGGAAUGGGUGGCGACAAAUUGGAAGUAUCCUGCGAUCGCACACCGAUUAAGGUAAUGGACUACCUUGGUUUCAAGUCCACAACAGAUCCAUUGUACAAGGGCGAGAAGACACUUCGACGUCUGUACGAUAUCGCGCCCGCCAAUCGAGACUCUGAGUUUAUUGAGGCCGUGGAAAUCUUUAGUGAGAACGCCGAGGAAGCUUCGAGUAUGGCCUUCGUAUCAAGUUGGGGAGAGGCCAACCCAGGUGAGUAAUUUUUUCUUGGUUCGCAUAGUAUGUUGCGUUCUGACUUCACAAUGCAAUGCUUCCAUCUUUGAUGUUCAAUACUUUCAAAGUUCUCACAUCUUCCUAUCSCUUUGUCGUGUCAGGGGGUGGAAAAGAUCGCGUAGAGCUGUUCAUCGAGCGUGCAAAAAAAAAUGUUAUAGCGACCCGAAAUAGUUUGAAAACAGUGAUUGAUAUUCUCGAUUUAGACGCUAGCAAAAAAUAAUUAUUUUUGAAAAAGUGGUCUUGGCACAAGAUAUUGUCAAAGCAAGAAUUUGAAGUCAGUAAUACAAAAAUAAAUUCUUAACUUUUUUCAUCGCGCAUUAAUUUCCCUGUUCUUUGAUGCUUAGAUAGAACGAAUGAACAUAACUUUAGAGUCACUUCUUCUCAACGUCGCCGUUGGUACCAUUUGUGUUGUUAUCAUUGUCAGUUUCCUCUGAAUACGUGUUUGUUACUCGCUUGUAGGUGUUGCGUGUUCGGUUCACAAUAGAAAAUGCCAGUGCCUCCAGGAAACGAUUCAAUCUCUCUUGUAGUGUUUCCUUGAUGACUACUUCGGAAAACUCGGUUGUUUCAUAGAGCUGUAAUAAGUUUUGUCGCUGUUCUGUAAAACAACUAGGAAAGAAGCCUGGAAAGAACCGUUGGAUGGCACCGAAAACGAGAACGUGUCCCACUGGUGAAAGUGGGAUGAUGAGAAUUAUAACAACAGGAAUGAAGGUGAUGACGUCUUUGAAAGUGCGUCUACACAUUUCAUUUUCGUGAAAUAGAAAACGGAUUUUGUUAGAAAUAACGUACAAAGCGUGGUGUCACUCUAAUAGARCAACAAGUGGAAUAGUCGAGUCGAUUCGAGCUAAGCAAGAAGUGCCAAAAAUCUUCGAAACAAGAGCUACAUACCGAAUUGUUCGCACUUCACGAGGCUUGAGUGUCACACCUUGGGCAGCGCGUCCGAUAAGACUAACGGAAUACAGUACAUCACUCCAGAACAGUCGAGUCCCCUUUACAUAGAACAUGAUGCCAGUCUUUGAACUUAUGACUAAAUCAUUUAGCCAUCGAACAAUCGCCUCCCGAUCAUAAGUCAAACCAGUGACAUAAUAAUCUAUACCAAGUCUCCGUUUGAAGUCAGUCAUUUGCUCUGCAAUGACAGCAAGAAUAUCGGCAUCCAACACACCCUUGGAAUUCAAGUCUUUGCUGCAACUUUCGACUUGGCUCUCUAGUAGUCCAUACUCAGCAACGUUAAGUCGAUCUUGAAGUGGAAUAUACCCUUUGGUAGUGGGAUUUUCCAACUCUGUCACCAAAUAUGUAUAAAUUCGCUCCAGCUCGUAAACCAAGUUUUGAUAGGAGACUUUUUGCUCGAGGAUCAGUAAAGCCUCUGCUGAUUGACGGAUUUUGUUUCGCAAGGUAGGGUUCAGGGACGCUAACUUGACGUUUGCAACAGCUUGUCCAGCUUUCAGUCCUGUAACCGAAUAUAUCCAAAUCAUAUGA